GCAAAGGCAAAAGAUGGGGGCAAUGUAUGGGCCACAUUAAGGUAAACAGUUGCAGAUUUCAUAUACAUCCUCAACUGAGUUUUGUGAUUGGUUUGCUCGCUCUACUUGAAAGUGUCUUACAUCAGAGGACGUGACUCUUUCCGUGCCUCUAACAGCAAUGUUGCUGCUUUCAUUCACAGCACUGCCAUACAGACAGUGACCCGGAAGUGUUACUAGGCCUUCAGCAGGAACAUUACUGAUGCAGAUCUCCAGGAAUAUUGAUCCCUUUUCAAAUUAAGGCUUGACCUCAUACAGGAAAUGGCACGGAAAAGGGCUGAAGGAAACAAGCAGCAAAUAGGACAAUGUGAUCUCAAAUCUUUAAGGUAUAUCCUAGUUCCCUUUAGGCUUUAUUCCUGUCUUCUCGAUGAGAUGUUCAACAGAGGUCCUGUCUCACUGUGGUAACUACAGAUCCCAGGACACUCAUCCCAAGAGUAGAGGUGCUAACCCUUGUGUCCAGGCCAAAUGAACCCCAACCUGGCUCCUGACCCAGCGUCGCCAAAUGAACACAACAUAACAUGUGUUUUUGUGUGUGGGUGACGUCCCGAGACACAACAGUGUACCAUUUAAUUAGGUCUGGUGGGACCUGCUGAACUGCCUUCACUGAUGUUGCAAAACAAUUUUGACAACUGUGAUGCAAUAUUGACAGGAAAUAGUGUUAAAGGAAUGAACAACCACAAAUGUAUUUUUGUACAGCUAUCUGCUGUCUAUCUUCAAACCUGUUUGGAUUCGGCAAUGAAAAUCUAUUAAACAUCCGAAUUAGCAAUGGAGACAGCAAGAGGUUUGGUAAACAGACUAUAGCGCUCUCGUCUUCACAGAGGUAAGUAUAACUUUGCAACAACAACCACAUUGCAAAAGACAAACAUGUUGACAUAUUUUCUUUGUUGUUUUCCUCCGUGUCCAUCAUCAUUGGUCACGUGACUCACCCAGCCAUGAAUCCCAUAGGGUGCGGCUUCCGAACUUCACCUUUAUUAUGACACUUACCGUGUCAGGCAAAGUUGUCUUGCGUGAGGAUGUCGUUAGUGAACUUCACAGGGCAGAACGUGGUGGAGUUCACCAUCACGGGCUUUGACCACCUACCCUACCACAAGCUGAUGGGUGCUGGGAUUCUGCUGGCCUACUGCCUGGCCCUCCUCGGCUCCACCACCAACAUCUGCGUCAUCUCCACAGACAGGCGUCUGCACCGCCCCAUGUACCUGCUGAUCUGUAACCUGGCUCUGGUGGACAUCAUGUUCACCACCGGCGCCAGUACCACCAUGAUCUCUGUCCUGCUGGCCGGGGACAAAACCGUGUCCUACAACUCCUGCCUGUCCCGCGUCUUCAUCUACCACCUAGGAGACGUCACACAGUGUCUGGCCCUCUCUCUGAUGGCCCUGGACCGCACUGUGGCCAUCAGCGAGCCCUUACGCUAUGCCACCAUCCUGACCAACCAGCGAGCUUUCCUAUUGAUUGUGGUAUCCUGGCUUUUGGGUAUUGGCUGCAUUGGCAAGUUGGCUUACAAUGCAGAUCAGCUGCCGUACUGUCAGCCUGUGAUCAAAUACGUUUUCUGUGACUAUGCAGCGAUCAUCAGGGCAGCCUGUGUGGAUCCAGAACCGUAUUGGUUCGUGCCCAGUAUAAUUGCUCUGUGGCUAUUCGCUGGGCAGUUGCCAUUAAUCUUACUUUCCUAUGGUAAACUUGUCUUUACUGUGCUGAGGCUCCCAAGCACGGAAAAGGGAGGGCGAACAUUCCGCACUGUCUUCAGCCAUUUCAUCCCUGUUGUUUCUUUCUAUGCUCCGAAGUUAGUGUCAAUACUGUUAACCAGAGUGGGAGUUACGCUGAACUUAACAGAGAGAAACGCUUUGCUGAUCAUCUCUACGCUAGUGCCACCUCUCAUUAACCCAACCGUCUACUGUCUGCAGAACAAAGAGAUCAGAGGCACUGUUUUACGCGUAUUUAGUAGAAAUCCGGUCUUACCAUCCAAGGACUAAUGUGUGCAACCUCAGUAGUGCUUUACCAUAUAUUGCCUGAUGUUUGAAAAAGCUUGAAUGUCUGCUGUAACUUUCUGAUUCUUUGUCUUCUACUUCUGUUCUUC